AUGCGUCUCUUCGCCAGCCUUCUCGGUAGCGGGCUGCUGAUCGCAGGCACCGUUCUACAGGUACAAGGCCAAGUCGCUCCCCCUAUCGCCAGUGAGAGUGGCGUCUCCGCCUUCCCGUUCGACCUCAGCAAUGUACAGCUGACUGGAGGUCGCUUCGCAGACUUCCAGAAUCGUACACUCAGCUAUAUAAAGACUGUAAGCGUGGACCGCCUCCUCUAUGUAUUCCGCAGCAACCACAAGCUGUCAACCAACGGCGCGCAAGCCAACUCCGGCUGGGAUGCGCCCAGCUUCCCAUUUCGCAGCCACUUCCAGGGACACAUUCUAUCUGCUUGGGCGCAAUGCUAUGCCACACUUCGCGAUGGUACUUGCAAAUCGCAAGCAGUGGCCAUGACAGCCGCUAUGGUACAGUGCCAGGCGAACAAUGGAGCGGCUGGCUUCGCUACCGGAUAUCUGGCUGGCUUCCCGGAAUCCGACUUCACGGCGUUGGAGGGUGGCAAGCUCACCAAUGGUAAUGUACCAUGGUAUGUCAUCCACAAGAUCCUUGCAGGUCUACUGGAUGUCUGGAGAAACAUCGGCGACAACAACGCCAAGACCGCGACAAUGGCGCUCGCUGAGUUCGGUGGCAUGGCUGAAGUAUUGAGCGACAUCUAUUAUCAAACUGGUGACAAGAAGUGGCUCACGACAGCUGCGCGUUUUGAUCAUCAGGCUAUCAUGACCCCACUCGCCAACAACCAGGAUCAACUCAGUGGUCUCCAUGCGAACACUAAUGUGCCGAAAUGGAUUGCAGCGGCGCGGGAGUAUAAGGCGACUGGUACCUCCAAAUACCUUGACGUGGCAAGAAAUGCCUGGAAUAUCGUUAUCAAAGCACAUACCUACGCACCAGGCGGCAACAGCCAAGCAGAGCACUUCCGAGCUGCGAACGACAUCUCCGGCUACCUCACCACUGACACCAUGGAACAUUGCAACUCCUACAACAUGCUCAAGCUCACCCACGAGCUCUGGGCGAUUGAUCCUACCAACGUUGCUUACUUCGACUUCUACGAGCGAACACUACUCAAUCAUAUCUUGGGCGCACACGACCAAAGCUCCUCUCAUGGCGCUGUAAGUUAUUUCUCCUCACUCAAUCCGGGAGCGACGCGCGGUCUGGGACCUGCUUGGGGUAGUGGAACGUGGGCGACCGAUUACUCGUCCUUCUGGUGCUGUCAGGGUACGAGUGUGGAGGUACACACGAAGCACAUGGACAGCAUCUACUUCCGUGAUAGCAGCAGCUCGACGCUGUACGUGAAUCUUUUCGUGUCUUCCGUCUUGAAUUGGGCUUCCAAGAGUAUCAAGAUCACGCAGAGCACGACGUUCCCAACUAGCGAUACGACCACACUCACUGUCGCCGGGACUGGCCAAUUCACUAUGAAGAUCCGUGUGCCCUCCUGGGCGAAGAGCACGACUAUCAAAGUCAACGGCGCCGCGAUCACUGCCCCGUCCGCAGGCUCAUACGCCUCCAUAAACCGCAGCUGGGCAAGUGGCGAUGUUGUCACAGCACAAUUCACGAUGGGUUUUGGCACCGCGCCAGCAAAUGACAAGUCGAGUCUUGCGGCUAUAACAUAUGGACCUCUUGUGCUCUCUGGGCUGUCGUCGGCCACUACCGCACCAACAUUGCAACUGAAUACACUGAAACGCACAAGUACUUCUGCCUUGACCUUCUCGGCGACGGCUGGUGGGAGCACAAUGAAUUUGGAGCAAUUUGCCGACGCGCAGCAUGUUCGCAUCGUUACGUACUUUACUAUUACGGGCUCACUGCCGUAG